GAAUGCCUGCUGGGGUCGCUCUAUGACAGCGCCUCGCAAGAGGAUCUGAACUUAUAUCCCCUUGGCGCCAAUUUACUGUCUGGUGUGUAUGUUUGUUUCUGCACUUCUCGCAUCGCCUGUCCUCUAGCCAUGCCUCGAAACCCGUCACAUCGUCGUUGAUGGCUUUCGUUGCCCCCUUGGCUUACCCUCUCCUAAACCGUCUGCUGAUAUUAUGCCCACGCACGCCCGUUGCUUUGGUGUUUCUCACUGUCAAUCACUGCCGUUCUUUCCACGCACCUUGAUUCUGUUGCUGCUGAAGCUCUUGCGAUUCGUUUCUUUACAGAGUGCCUGCUUACGAUACUGGCUGACCGUUUCCUCUACUGAUUUCCAAGUAGACAUUAUCUCCUUUGGCAUUAUCGAGCAGCAAGAUCCGUCUGUCGCGAUGGCCGACACCAGCGAUUUGAAUCUCGACGCGCCUAGCGAUCUUCAGGAUAUUCCUGACCUGGCCAUCCAGCUAGUUCCCCCGCCCGAAGGAACGUAUCCUGAUAAAGACUCUCUUAUGGCUGCCGUGCAUGCCCACGGGAAAGCGCAUGGCUAUAAUGUCGUGAUCAAGUCUUCGAGCAUGCCAACAGAAAAGAAGCCGGGGCGGACGGCGAAGAUAUGGCUCCGAUGCGACCGCGGAGGCCACUAUCGCCCUCGCAAUGGUCUAACGGAGGAGACACGAAAACGAAGGAGGACCUCUCGCCUUAUGGACUGCCCUUUCAUGAUAGUCGCAGCUGGUACACCCGGCAUUUGGACGUUGACUGUUUUGAAUCCGACACAUAACCACGGUCCCGUGAUCGAUCGGCCGCGGCAGGCCCCCCAACCAAAGGUCAAGAAAGGUCAAAUUGCGGCGGUGCCGUACGAUUGGCCUCAUGAUGCGUCGAUGACUCCUUUUACAACGGCGCUGGUCCUAAUCGACUUGCAGAAGGAUUUAUGCUCGAUUGGAGGAUAUAUGGAAUAUCAAGGUUAUGAUAUAACGGGAUCUCUGGCAAUCAUUCCCAAGUUGCAACGCCUUCUCCAUACAUUUCGUUCUGCCGGCUUUCCCGUAUAUCAUACUCGUCAAGGCCAUCGACCUGACCUAUCAACACUUUCUAGCCGAGAGGCUUAUCGCUCUCAGAACAGCAAUGGAGCAGGUCUCGCGGUCGGCUCUCAUGGCCCUCUAGGCCGCCUGCUGGUCCGCGGAGAAAUAGGACACGAUACGGUGGACGAACUAUACCCCAUUGCAGGAGAGCCUGUCAUCGAUAAACCCGGCCGUGGAGCUUUCGCGUACACCGAUUUUGAACUUCUCCUUCGAAACCGAGGUGUGAAGAAUUUGGUUCUGGCUGGUAUGGGCACCGAUUCUGGAGUAUCCACUACCCUACGCGAAGCCAACGACCGGGGAUUCGACUGCGUUGUCUUGGAGGAUGGCACCACGGCCAACGAUCUGUCCUUGCACGUGAGCACGAUCAAUUCGGUAAAGAUGGAGGGAGGCAUGUUUGGGGCUGUGGCCAAAUUGGAAGACAUGAUACAUGCGGUGGAGAAUUUCAAAAACAGCACGGUGAAGAAGCUCGCCCCUCAGAUGGCGAUGUCAUAAACGCGCGGCUCUUUCCUUUUGAUGUUUUAUGUCGGAGUUUUCAGGUAAGACAAGUAUGAACUUGCGUGUCUUUCGGUGGGAGGCGUUUUAUCGGAGUCGCAUUUUGAUUUGAUUUGAUUUGGCUUGAUUUGGGGGCUGUUGUCCAAGUCCUUUAAGUCGUAUACAAUUCUAUGGACAUUUCUGUACUUGCUUACAGCUUUCAUACAUUGCUUGCCUCAGAUAACUACACCGCUGGCUUACGUGAUGAGGUAUUUCCUCGGUCUUGAUAAAUUGAAGCCCUACAUAUUAUAUAUAUGUCCUCAGCGUUUUUGCUCACUGAGUAGUAUAUUCAAUGAAUACCAGGCAUGAGUGAGGAAAAG